CCACUCCGGGAGCAGCAGCCUCUAACGGUAGAGCUCGCGCUGCCCGCCAGUACUGCGGAUCGAACAGAGCUGCGCGCGCCCUCCCGCCCUCCGCUCCCAGACAGACAGACACCCAUCCAUCCAUGCUGCUCUCAACACCGCCGCUACUACUGCUGCUGAGAGCGAGCGCGCGCCCUCCGCGCUGCCUUCUGUAGGGAUUUAGAGAGAGAGCGGAACGAGCCGUGACUGGAAUACACACAAACACACACACACACACACACUACUAACGAUGUCGAGGAACCAGAGGACGCCGCUGAAGAGCACGGACACCGUGGUGGAGGUGAAGAGCAAAUUCGAAGCGGAGUACCGGCGCUUUGCACUGAAGAAAAACGGAGCUGGAAGCUUCCAGGAGUUCUAUCAGCUGCUGCAGACCAUUCACCGCAUCCCCGGAGUGGAUGUUCUGCUCGGAUACGCCGACAUCCAUGGAGACCUGUUGCCCAUCAACAAUGAUGAUAACUUCCACAAAGCACUGUCUUCCGCCAAUCCACUGCUGAGGAUCAUCAUCCAGAAGAGAGAUGUGGACGAACCUGUGGUCUUUCCCACAAACUCUCUGCAAAGGAGAAAGAAAGGUCUCGCAGGCCUGCGUCCCUCGCAGCAGAAGAACAAGCCAGCUCUACUUAUCGGUAUGCCUCAGGAUUUCCGCCAGAUCUCGUCCAUCAUUGAUGUGGACAUCCUUCCCGAGACGCACCGGCGAGUGCGCCUGCACAAGCACGGCACCCACAAGCCCCUGGGCUUCUACAUCCGGGACGGCGUCAGCGUACGCGUCACGCCUCAGGGUGUAGAGAAGGUCCCUGGGGUCUUCAUCUCUCGCCUGGUGAGGGGCGGCCUUGCCGAGAGCACGGGUCUGCUGGGGGUCAACGACGAGAUCUUGGAGGUGAACGGUAUUGAUGUGGCCGGAAAGUCGCUGGACCAGGUGACGGACAUGAUGGUGGCCAACAGCCACAACCUCAUCGUCACCGUCAAGCCUGCCAACCAGCGUAACAACGUGGUGCACCGCGGCAGCAAAACUUCAGCUGGCAACGGCUCAGCUGGUUCUGGAGGAUCCAUCCUCUCCCAGGACUCCGCCCACAGCCCCGCCUCACAAACAGUCAGCCAGUGCAGUAACAGCAACAGCGUGGCGGAAGGGGACAGCGACGACGAUGACCCCGACCUCAUCAUCGAGAGCGACAACCUCCCCACCUAUACACCCCAUCGCCUGGCUAACGGAAACGCCUACAGCAGCACUCCAUCAUCGGGGGCGUUCGGUCACAGGCCCCUCCCUCAGAGUGUCUCGCUGCCCAGCAGCAGCUCUCUGUCAGACAGUAAGUCCCUGAGCUCGCUGACCACGCCCACGCACAACGGCAGCCCCACCAAGACGAGCAGCAGCCAGGAGAGCAUGAGGGAGGAUGGCAACUUCAUCACGUUGUGAAACGCCCUUUGUUCUCAUAUUGUUACAUGUCAUUGAUGUGGUAAGAAAACCUUGUAUCUCCACAAUGGUCAUUAUAGAACAAAACAAGUUGGAAAAAAAAGCCUAUACAAAAAAGAUCUGCUUUUUAAACGUUUGACAAAAUUUGUUGAAAAAGUACCAAAAAAGUGAUACAAGCUUUUCUUAUGACCUCAACACUAUAACACAGACCCGCUCAUAUGAAGUCUUUAUGCACAACUGGACAAAAUGAAGGCAAAUUAGACUGUUUAAAGUACUGUACCUUCUGUCGCAUCACAUCAACAUGAUAUGAUGACUAUUACUCUGAAGACUGGAAAAUAAACAGAGGGCUUUGCAGUGGAAUUGGUGUGUGGAAGUGCAGCCAGAGAGUGCACAUACUCGUCUUCUCAUGGAAGUGCCUUAUGGCUCUCCCUUCAUUGCGCCUUAUGUAUUUCUUUUAAAACUGCCCCUUUUGAUCUUGUUUCUGGACAAAAGCAAGGUCAUCCAUCUCCUACAGCAAGAAACUCAGAGACUCUGCCGGAACAGAUGAAGGAACAAAUGCACAACAAACACACACACGCACCUUCACACGCCCUUCAGUCAGUGUGUUCGACACUAAUGGAAUUGGGAUGCCUGGUCAGAUCAAUACAUGCACUGUAGAAGGAGAGGUGAACACUGCAGUCCUGUCGGCUUGUUCUGGAACCGAGGCUCAUCUACAGCUUAUCUGCUGUUCUCUGCAUGCCAAAGUGGGCAUAGUAGCAUUGGUAAUAAUAAUAAGGACUGUCAAGAAAAGAAUAAUGCAAGUCUAUGUUUAAAUUUCCUGGAUCCAUAAUAAUGUUAUUACACAAUUCUGUGACUUGUGCCUCAAAACUGGCUCCAGGAUUUAUGAUGCAUCAUGUUCACACAUAUCACUUUCUGAAGGUUCUAGCUGUGGCUGCAGCACAUGCUAAUGUGUAGUCCUACAUGUGUGUGUGGUACAACAGACCACAUAGCAACAGUUGGACAAGCUUUGCAGUAGAGGUGGGCAAUGUGGCAAAAAUAUAAUAUUCCUAUAUUUUAAGACAUUUUAUCAGUUGGAUAAAAAAAUAACAGCAGCAUCCAAAACUGAGAGUACAGUGUUUUUUAAAAUUUGUCAGUAUUUGGCAUACUGUAUCUCUGUUCCAAAGCCUAGGCAGCAGUCAAGGUUGGCCGGGUCUUUCAUAGGACCUAUACAGACUUCUUCCUUCCUGGUAUCAACUGAAAGGUUCCACCUCAUGGAAUUGUGAUGUGAAAUUCAUGUUUUAUCUUUUAAUUUUUUUGUACAUAAAUAAAUUAUAAAUAUGUAUAAAUACUAAGCAUUUUAACCCUCUGUGGCACGAAUCAUAUUUGUGAGAUUAUUAAGGGCAACAAAUGAAAAACAAUAGUUUUAGUAAGUUUACAACAUUAGUGUAAGAAUAUAAUAAAAAAAUUAAAACAGCCAAAUAGACUUCUUAACAUAUUCUUACAUACAGAUAUUUUAUUUAUGACAAAUUUAUACAGCUUAUUAUAUUGGACAUAAAUAUAUCUUGUAACAUUUAUCUUCAAAAUAAAAUAAAUAUAAAUACAUAAAAAUAACAUAUGAUGUGGAAUGAUGUAAUAAUCAAAAGAUGGUUUGUUGCAACAUCAUGCCCUAGAGGGUUAAAGAUGCUACAGCUUGCUUUUUUUCCUUUGUGUUGAGUGUAGAGAAUUGUUAACCAGGUACCAAGGUCUAUAGGACGAGUAAAUUGCCCCACACUAAGAGGGUCCUUCACUUUGGGACAGCCUUCGCCAACACAGCAGCAGCAAAAAAAUAAAAUAAAAAAAUAAAAAUACCUGGCUGCAGUCUAGGCUUUGGAACACAGCUUGCGUUACAGUUAAAUAUGAAUAAUUUAGCUUCUUUUAUAAUGAAACACGCAGAUGCUCAGUUUUUGCCAGGACUGAUAAUAUCCAUCAUAAAUUUAAAAAUGCAGAUUGUAUUGUAACACACUGUAUUAUAAUACCAAUACAAGUAUAUUGUCAUAUUGCCAAGACCUACUUUACAGAUGGUUGGUAAGAUUUAUAUUCAGCCUAUCUGCAGCUCAAGGGCAAUUGGCCUGGCACUUUUACUUAGAUCAUCUUACAUUUGAAUAAACUUACAUAGGUCGGCCAAAUGUAGUGCUGGGAGUCUUGCCCAAGGAAUCUUAUUGGUGUAGUAUUAUGAACACUAUACACUAGUCUACCACUGAAAAUGCCAGCCAGCUGCCAGCCAGUUUGUUAACAAAAUGCAUGUAAGCUAUGUGACUAGCUUUAGUGAUUAACCCAACAUCUGCAAUUUGCUGAAUAAGAUUCUUGCCACAGUUCUACUGCAUAAAGUUUUUCCCAACAGCUAUUCUCAAAGCAUAGAAAGGUCAAUUCCGCCUUAUAGAACAUUUGUCUGUUUCCAUACAAUCAUCAUGACAGUGCACUUACAUGAUCCCAGACGUUGCCUACCAUCUUCUGCGUUGAUGCCAAAACGGAAAAAAACAUAGAUUUUAAUGAUCUACAUGUCAAAGCAGGCAUGUACGGGUAUGAUGAGUAGAUGAUUAAAUCAGAGAAGGCCUAGUUCUAAUGUUGUUUGAGCACUGAAGUUGUUGCUCAGCUCAUGUUACUGAAUUCCACUCAUUCACAUGUCAGCCUUGGCACGGUGAACACGGACUCGUAGGCAUGUUUGUGUUUGCUGUUAGUCCGCGCCUGUCUCUUUUCAUUCUCACCAACAGUGUGAAGCCUUUGACAAAGCACGGGCUCUUGUCUAGAACUCGUUUUUAAUCGCCGUGCCUCGCUCUCGCCUCCUCUUAACACUGCUUUCAGCUCUGGCUCGCCCCUGGCUCUUCAGGACGCUAGGAACCCUGGGAUAGUCUUCUUUCCUUUUGAAGCUUGGCCGUCCGUAUUUGCCCGCCUGGGGUUGUUAUUCACUCUCCCCAGAAAUAUAUCAAUAAUAGAUGUUAGCUCUGAGACGUGGCUGUAAGGUGGAGAGGUGUUGCUUCAGGGGGUCGUGACCUCUGGUGGACCUUGCUGUCUGCGCUCCAUCCCAUGUGUCCUGUGUUUGUGUGAAAGUGUGUGAGGGGGGAGGAGAGGAAAAAAGGAAAUUCCCCUCGUGUUUGAAAAAAGGCCAAAAUCAUGCACAAAUGAGACCUUGUUCAUACAGUCUGCUCCUGAUGAGCAGAGGUGUGUGUGUGUGUGUGUUUAGUAAAGGACACCCUACAGUCAGACUUCAUACAAGGCAUUAUGUGACUACUCAUUUCUUAAAGAUUUGAAUAGGAUAAAAACUAUAUAUAGGAUAACUGACAUUAAAUGAGAAAGCCAAGUUAAUGGCAAGACAGUGGAUAACAAGUUAUCUGCAUUUAGUAUUUAUAAAACAUUGGUUUUGGCACAUGAAGAUUUCAUAGGAUAAACAACCACUGUCCUGCUCAUUUGAAUAUUUUCGCUUCUUUUAGCACACAAGUCUUUACUGAGUGGAAGUAACCAUGUCAAAGCAGAGGAAGCACAGCUUGUGCAGUACAAUAGACCUCCAGGACCAAUAUUGGAGACCACAAGGAUAAAGUAUACAUAUAGGUUAACUAACAGUAGCAGAACAGUGCACAAGUUUGAUUUGUGUUAAAUUUAAAAACAUUAUGCUGUCAUUCUUAUAAUUUUUCAUAAAUUUCAGUUGAAAGUAAAUCAGGUUUCAUUUCAAAUAAUUUCUGGAUCAUUUCUAUAGGUCUAUUCAUCAUUAUGAAUUUAAAAAAAGACAAAUAAGGAGGACCAUACAAUAUUACUGCAUGGCAGUGACAAUAUACUAAAAUGAGCUACUAAUUGCCAUGUGAAAAAUAAAGAAGGUAGUUGGAAAAACAUUGCUAUCAAAUGAUCAACUGGAAAAUGGCUGAACUUUACCAUUAAACACUUGCUAAAACAUGUUUUAUUUUGACUACUCAUCAACCUGCAAACCGACACAUGAAGAUUUCACAUAUUUCAGAAAUUGAGAGUUGCAGAGCAGCCAGGGAAAACACAGUGUAACCCUGUAAGACUUCUAGGAGCCAGGGAUGGGUGUUUUCCUCAAAGGUGCAGUUUCAUCUUUGGAGCCUUAUCCAUUAUUUUUUUUCCAUAAAAAAAAAAUCACACUACAAUUCAGUUAACUUUUCCCUUCCUGCAGAGAAAAGCUUCACAAUUUGUGUUUGUUUAAUAUCUGGAUUAUACCCAGACCACUCUGAUCAUCUGAACACUAGUGGACUCACUGAUUCAGCUACACUGAAGGUACGAUAACCGAUAAAGAGGAACAGCUGUAUUAGAAAUCUCGACAAGAGGAGAUCUGUCUUUCUUCUCUGUUUAUGAUAUUUAAGAGGAUAUAUUCUUACUGUUGGGAGGAAAUUGUUGCAAUGCACUGGUUAGUAUUUCCAUAAGACAUUAUUAUUACUUAAUAAUGACAUUAUUUUCUGUUAGACUCUCUCAUCUACAGCUAUUGGCGGCACACAAAUAGCAGAGAAUAUUACAAUCACUGCAAGAACACCACCAUGUGUACUGAACAUGAUAUUUUUUAAUAUAUGUAAAUGUAUAUGUAUAUAGAAAUAUAAAAUAAUGGAAAAUUUUGUAAACUGGGAGCCCUUUUUAUCAAAAGAACAUUUUAUAUAUGUGUAAAAUAUGGAAAGUAUUUUUCUUAUUCUUGUACUUUUGUAUGUAUAUUAUAAUCCAGGAGAGAACGUUUCUAAUUCUUUUGCGUAUGAGAAACCAAAAUGAAAUCUGCAAAAGCCUGUGGUUUUACUAUAAUCAGAUGGGUAAAGGUGUAUAAUACUGUGAAUGCUAUAUGCUGAUUCUAAAAUGUUCUAUGGAGAUAAUAAAAGUAUUUUAAAAAACGAG